GUGGCCGCGCAGGCUCGGCGGGGCGGCGGCACGGACUGACUGAGGGUCGGAAGGACUGAGGGACGGGCGGGCGCACGGCCAGGCCAUGCCUGGGGAGGCUGCCCGCGCCGAGCUGCUGCUGCCCGAGGCGGACCGACCCGGGCCCCGCACAGAUCUGUCCUGCGAUGCGGCUGCUGCCAUCACCAUCCUGGGAGGUGACCGGCGGGAGCCCUGUGCUCUGACACCAGGGCCCAGCCACCUGGCCCUCACGUUCCUGCCCAGCAAGCCGGGUGCCCGGCCCCAGCCCGAGGGAGCCAGCUGGGAUGCAGGGCCUGGUGGGGCACCCUCGGCCUGGGCAGACCCAGGGGAGGGGGGCCCGAGCCCCAUGCUCCUCCCUGAGGGCCUGACUUCCCAGGCUCUGUCCACCGAGGCUCCUCUCCCAGCCACCCUGGAGCCCCGGAUUGUGAUGGGAGAGGAGACGUGCCAGGCCCUCCUGUCACCCAGGGCUGCCCGGACAGCGCUCAGGGACCGGGAAGGUGGGCACGCAAGCCCAGACCCACCCCCCGAGCUGUGUUCUCAGGGUGAUCUUUCUGUGCCUUCCCCUCCUCCAGACCCUGAUUCCUUCUUCACGCCUCCCUCCACCCCCACCAAGACCACCUAUGCCCUGCUUCCCGGCUGUGGGCCCCACGGGGACGCCGGGGACUCAGAGGCUGAGCUGCGGGAUGAGCUGCUGGACUCACCCCCCGCCUCGCCCUCGGGCUCCUACAUUACGGCCGAUGGGGACAGCUGGGCCUCUUCACCCUCCUGUUCCCUCAGCCUGCUGGCUCCGGCUGAAGGGCUGGACUUCCCCUCAGGCUGGGGCCUGUCCCCGCAGGGGUCCGUGGCGGAUGAACGAGAGCUGCACCCUGCCGGGACCCCAGAGCCCCCAUCCUCUGAGUCCAGCCUCUCUGCAGACAGCAGCUCCUCCUGGGGCCAGGAGGGCCACUUCUUCGACCUGGACUUCCUGGCCAAUGACCCGAUGAUCCCCGCAGCCCUCCUACCCUUCCAGGGCAGCCUCAUCUUCCAGGUGGAGGCAGUGGAGGUGACACCGCUAUCCCCAGAGGAGGAAGAAGAAGAGGCUGUGGCGGAUCCCGACCCAGGUGGGGACCUAGCUGGGGAGGGUGAGGAGGACAGCACGUCCGCCUCCUUCCUGCAGUCGCUGUCUGACCUGUCCAUCACGGAGGGCAUGGAUGAGGCUUUUGCCUUCCGGGACGACACCUCUGCAGCCUCCUCUGAUUCAGACUCAGCCUCCUACGCAGAGGCAGAUGAUGAGAGGCUGUACAGCAGGGAGCCCCAUGCCCAGGCCACCCUGCUCCAGGACAGUGUCCAGAAGACAGAGGAGGAGAGCGGAGGUGGGGCCAAGGGGCUGCAGGCUCAAGAAGGGACUGUGUCCUGGGCCCUGGAGGAUGCUCCUCAGACCUCAGACAGAGGGGCCUAUCUCUCCCAGAGACAGGAAUCGAUCUCAGAAGUAACAGAAGAGGGCCUUGCUUUAGGCCAGGAGUCCACUGCCACUGUGACCCCUCACACUCUGCAGGUAGCCCCAGGCCUCCAGGUGGAGGCGGCUACCAGGGUGACCCCACAGGCUGGGGAGGAAGAAGCAGACUCCACCGCUGGACAAGCAUCUGCUGCCACGGCAAUGCCUCAGCCCUCCCAGGAGGGCAUCAGCGAGAUCUUAGGCCAAGAGUCUGUCACUGCAGAAAAACUUCCAACUGCACAGGAAGAAACAAGCCUCACACUGUGUCCAGACUCUCCUCAGAACUUGAAGGAAGAAGGAGGGCUGGACCUCCCCUCUGGCCAAAAGCCUGUAGCUGCAGCCACGCUUGUGCCCCAGCAGGCUGAAGAGGACCUCACCUUACCCCAGGACGCCUCUAUGACACCACCUCUGCCCCUACAAGACACAGAUCUCUCGUCAGCCCCAAAGUCUGUGGCUGCAGCCUCGCUUGUGCCCCAGCAGGCUGAAGAGGGCCUCACCUUACCCCAGGACCCCGCUGUGACACCACCUCUGUCCCUACAAGACACAGAUCUCUCGUCCGCCCCAAAGCCUGUGGCUGCAGCCACGCUUGUGCCCCAGCAGGCUGAAGAGGGCCUCACCUUACCCCAGGACCCCGCUGUGACACCACCUCUGUCCCUACAAGACACAGAUCUCUCGUCAGCCCCAACGCCUGUGGCUGCAGCCACGCUUGUGCCCCAGCAGGCUGAAGAGGGCCUCACCUUACCCCAGGACCCCGCUGUGACACCACCUCUGCCCCUACAAGACACAGAUCUCUCGUCAGCCCCAAAGCCUGUGGCUGCAGCCACGCUUGUGCCCCAGCAGGCUGAAGAGGGCCUCACCUUACCCCAGGACCCCGCUGUGACACCACCUCUGCCCCUACAAGACACAGAUCUCUCGUCAGCCCCAAAGCCUGUGGCUGCAGCCACGCUUGUGCCCCAGCAGGCUGAAGAGGGCCUCACCUUACCCCAGGACCCCGCUGUGACACCACCUCUGCCCCUACAAGACACAGAUCUCUCGUCAGCCCCAAAGCCUGUGGCUGCAGCCACGCUUGUGCCCCAGCAGGCUGAAGAGGGCCUCACCUUACCCCAGGACCCCGCUGUGACACCACCUCUGUCCCUACAAGACACAGAUCUCUCGUCAGCCCCAAAGCCUGUGGCUGCAACCACGCUUGUGCCCCAGCAGGCUGAAGAGGACCUCACCUUACCCCAGGACCCCGCUGUGACACCACCUCUGUCCCUACAAGACACAGAUCUCUCGUCAGCCCCAAAGCCUGUGGCUGCAGCCACGCUUGUGCCCCAGCAGGCUGAAGAGGGCCUCACCUUACCCCAGGACCCCUCUGUGACACCACCUCUGUCCCUACAAGACACAGAUCUCUCGUCAGCCCCAAAGCCUGUGGCUGCAGCCACGCUUGUGCCCCAGCAGGCUGAAGAGGGCCUCACCUUACCCCAGGACCCCUCUGUGACACCACCUCUGUCCCUACAAGACACAGAUCUCUCGUCAGCCCCAAAGCCUGUGGCUGCAGCCACGCUUGUGUCCCAGCAGGCUGAAGAGGGCCUCACCUUACCCCAGGACCCCUCUGUGACACCACCUCUAUCCCUACAAGACACAGAUCUCUCGUCAGCCCCAAAGCCUGUGGCUGCAGCCACGCUUGUGCCCCAGCAGGCUGAAGAGGGCCUCACCUUACCCCAGGACCCCUCUGUGACACCACCUCUGCCCCUACAAGACACAGAUCUCUCGUCAGCCCCAAAGCCUGUGGCUACAGCCACGCUUGUGCCCCAGCAGGCUGAAGAGGGCCUCACCUUACCCCAGGACUCCGCUGUGACAUCACCUCUGCCCCUACAAGACACAGAUCUCUCGUCAGCCCCAAAGCCUGUGGCUGCAGCCACGCUUGUGCCCCAGCAGGCUGAAGAGGACCUCACCUUACCCCAGGACUCCGCUGUGACACCACCUCUGCCCCUACAAGACACAGAUCUCUCGUCAGCCCCAAAGCCUGUGGCUGCAGCCUCGCUUGUGCCCCAGCAGGCUGAAGAGGACCUCACCUUACCCCAGGACCCCUCUGUGACACCACCUCUGCCCCUACAAGACACAGAUCUCUCGUCAGCCCCAAAGCCUGUGGCUGCAGCCACGCUUGUGCCCCAGCAGGCUGAAGAGGACCUCACCUUAUCCCAGGACUCCGCUAUGACAGCACCUCUGCCUCUGCAAGACACAGGCCCCACCUCAGGUCCAGAGCCUCUGGCUGUGGCCACCCGUCAGACCUUGCAGGCAGAAGCAGGCUGCGCCCCAGGGACAGAGCCUGUGGCCACCAUGGCUCAGCAGGAAGUAGGUGCGGCCUUAGGCCCCAGGCCAGCGCCUGAGAAGAAUGCAGCCCUCGCUAGAGUCCUGGAGCCUGCAGCCUUGAACCAGGUCCAACAGGAUGACCCACAGCCAGCUGCAGAAGCUGGGACACCUUGGGCCGCACAGGAAGAUGCGGAUUCCACUUUGGGCAUGGAGGCCCUCAGUCUCCCUGAGCCUGCCUCUGGUGCUGGGGAGGAAGUAGCAGAAGCCCUUUCUAGGCCUGGAUGGGAAGCAUGUCUGGAAGCACGAGCAUACACAGGUGAUGGGGCUAAGCCUGACUCGCCCCAAAAGGAGAGUCCAGAGGUUGAGAACCAGCAUGGAGGAUGCCUGAAGCCACUGGCACAGGAACACGGACCCAGGUCAGCACUUGGAGGUGCAGGGGAGGUCCCCGAGGCACCUCCUGCUACCUGUCCUGAGGUCAGCCAGGCCCGGCUCCUGAGCCCAGCCAGGGAGGAAAGAGGCCCGAGUGGCAAGUCCACCCCAGAGCCCACACUUCCCUCAGCUGUGGCCACAGAUGCCAGUCUGGACUCCUGCCCAGAGUCUUCAGUAGGGGCUGUGUCCAGGCUGGACAGAGGCUGCCCUGAUGCACCUGCCCCCACCUCUGCACCAACCUCCCAGCAGCCGGAGCCUGUGCUGGGUCUGGGCAGUGUUGAGCAACCCCACGAAGCACCCAGUGUCCUUGGCACCCCCUUGCUGCAGCCCCCAGAAAACCUUGCCAAGGGUCAGCCCAGUGCGCCCGCAGACAGGCCCCUGGGCCCUGACCCCUCUGCUCCUGGUACCCUUGCUGGGGCAGCCCUACCCCCACUGGAGCCCCCAGCCCCCUGCCUGUGCCAGGACCCCCAGGAAGACUCCGUGGAAGACGAGGAGCCCCCAGGCUCUCUAGGCCUCCCACCGCCCCAGGCAGGAGCCCAGCCUGCCACCGCUGCUGUCUCAGGAACCACACAGCCUCUGGGGACUGGGCCGCAAAUCAGCCUCUCGCCUCACUCCCCGAUCCUCAGCCCCAAGGUGGCCUCCAUGGAUGCCAAAGACCUGGCCUUGCAGAUCUCGCCGCCUUGCCAAGUGCCUCCUCCCUCUGGGCCCCAGAGCCCAGCUGGCCCUCAAGGGCUCUCGGCCCCCGAGCAGCAAGAGGACGAGGACAGCCUGGAGGAAGACUCACCUCGGGCCCUGGGCUCGGGCCAGCAUUCGGAUAGCCACGGGGAGUCGUCAGCCGAGCUGGACGAGCAGGACAUCUUGGCUCCUCAGACUGCACAGUGUCCAGCCCAGGCCCCAGCAGGCGGCAGUGAGGAGACCAUCGCCAAAGCCAAGCAGAGUCGCAGUGAGAAGAAGGCCCGAAAGGCAAUGUCAAAGCUGGGCUUGCGGCAGAUUCAGGGAGUCACCAGGAUCACCAUCCAGAAGUCCAAGAACAUCCUCUUUGUCAUCGCCAAGCCUGAUGUCUUCAAGAGCCCAGCCUCAGACACUUAUGUGGUCUUUGGCGAGGCCAAGAUUGAGGACCUGUCCCAGCAAGUGCACAAAGCCGCAGCUGAGAAGUUUAAGGUGCCCUCAGAGCCUUCGGCCUUGGUCCCUGAGUCAGCACCCAGGCCCCGGGUGAGGCUGGAGUGCAAGGAAGAGGAAGAGGAGGAGGAGGAAGAGGUGGACGAGGCAGGGCUGGAACUGCGUGACAUUGAGCUGGUGAUGGCGCAGGCCAAUGUGUCCAGGGCCAAGGCCGUGCGGGCUCUGAGAGACAACCACAGUGACAUCGUCAACGCCAUCAUGGAACUGACCAUGUAGCCACUGACCGGAAGCUGGAGCCAUCCUACGCCUUCCCUCAGCUCUGCUACUCAAUAAAUCGGUGUCCCUUCA